AUGAAAAACCAAUCUCAAUUCACAACAUCUCUUCCGAAUCUUGAGACAAAUUAUGAAGCUUUGUAUAAAGAAGAAGCAAAGAAAUUUUGGGAACUUCAGAAAGUUCAGCAAACAGCAGAAGAAAAAGAAUUUGAGGAAUUAUGUCACAAACUCGAGCAAAUGUCAAGAAACUAUCGCGACGAGAUUGAUAAGGUAGCUGAAGAAAAUCAGCAAUUACAAUUGCAAUAUAAAGAUAUUCCCUCAUAUAAAAGAAAAUUAGAAGAAAUGGAAAUAGAAGAACAGAAUUUAAUUCGGAUCAAAUCUAACUUUUAG